AUGGAGAUCCCCGUGCCCGUGCAGCCGUCUUGGCUGCGCCGCGCCUCGGCCCCGCUGCCCGGGUUUUCGGCGCCCGGGCGCCUCUUCGACCAGCGCUUCGGCGAGGGACUGCUGGAGGCGGAGCUCGCUGCGCUCUGCCCCGCGGCGCUGGCGCCCUACUACCUGCGCGCCCCCAGCGUGGCGCUGCCUGCCGCCCAGGUGCCCACCGACCCCGGGCAUUUCUCGGUGCUGCUGGAUGUCAAGCACUUCUCGCCGGAGGAAAUCGCCGUCAAGGUGGUUGGUGAACACGUGGAGGUGCACGCUCGCCAUGAGGAGCGCCCGGAUGAGCACGGAUAUGUGGCUCGAGAGUUCCACCGCCGCUAUCGUUUGCCGCCUGGAGUGGACCCUGCUGCUGUGACGUCAGCGUUGUCCCCUGAGGGCGUUCUGUCCAUCCAGGCCGCACCAGUGCCGGCCCAGGCCCCACUGCCGCAGACACCCGCUGCUGCCAAAUAGGGGUCUGGGUACGCCUGAACCCUGGGAUCCACCUCAAGCCACCUCUUUUAAAGCCGACCUGACUCCGCCCAACCAGAUAUCCCGAGCUUGCCAAGACUACCCCCCACACACCCAAUCUGGGAUCCAGUGCAGACUCUUCCAAGCUAGACUCAGCCCUGGUAACCUAGGCCUUCCCACUGACCUCCUCUCACACCCCCUUGUUUUCAAACCCCAACACCACCUUCCUAGCUUCCAGACCCUACAAGCACAACCCCUCAGCCUAGUCUCCCAUCCUCACUAACCCCUUUCAUGGCAUAUAAACCCACUCAAAACUCCGUUUUCUUCUCACUCGUCUAUGAAAACAUCUCCACUCUGACACCACUUUAUGAUAUAGACAGCCCUGUCCCCACCCUAGGCCAGUCAAGCACAGUCCCCCCACUCCCAAAGUCCCAGACUGUAGACUUCCAACACCAGACCAUCCAGGCCUGGUCUUCCCCUCAUUCCAACCAGACACUCCAUUCCUUGCCCCCCACCCCCCACCCCCAUCUUCUGACUUGAAACCUCAGCCAGCCACCUUCAGACUCCUGAAUCUCUUUUCUGACCUUCACCCUUGGAAACCUAUUCUAGGCCAACCAGGACCCUCAACCUCAAAAUGUAGAUACCCUGCCCAUCUCCCCAGACUCUACAAUGUCCUAACCGCCAUCUCUAACUUUACCAAAGACACCCCAGUCUUGACCCCUAAGUCUCUAAACACAGGCAAUCCACCUUCCACACGCCUCCUCUUAUUUUUCCAACACCCAGCCCAGCAGCCACUUUCUUUGAUUCCCCACAAUCUUUCUUUCUCUGCGAAUUCCCUACUGCCCCAUCUACUCACUCCCCCAAUAAAUAUGCUAGAGCUGU